GGACAGACUGCGGAGCUUGGCAGCUGGUGAGAGGACGGAAGGAGUCGUAGGUGGAAGUUUCUAGACAACGAGACAGACAAUAACUAUACAAAUACUAUUCUUGAAUAGCGACAAGGAACUUGAACGCCUUCCGUUUAAAAGUACUCUCUGACCACAGAAACAGCUGUUGAACAUCGCUAAGAGGACAACCAUGCCUGAAGUCCUUUCAUCCACAGACAUUGGCAGCAUACCUCCAUCUCCAGUGGACAGCAGUCCCAGGAGGCUGUCAUGGGGUAGACUGGUUCAAAGACUGACUGAUUUCAGUACACAUAGCAGCAGUAUUGAGUCAGGGUCCACCAAUGGCAGCAGGAGUGAUCUUUCAGACUCAGGGUCAGAUGUCUCCAAUGACUUGUGUCCCUCCAGUGAUGAUCUUUUCUAUGACCCCAUGGAGAAGACAAUCCUAAAAGAAGUAGUGGACCUAAUUGCACAAAGCCUAAGAGAAGCCAAAGACUCAGACUGCACCUUGAGGUGUACUAAACUGCUUAUUCCAGAGAAGCUCCUGGAGCACAUUGGACAGGAGCUCCUUCACCUGGCAGCUAGUGAGCCCUGCGGCUUAAGAGGGGCUCUCAUUGACCUUUGUGUGGAGCAAGGGGACACCUGUGAGAGUGUGGGCCAGCUUUCCGUGGACCCCUACCUUGUUCCCACCUUUCAGCUCACUCUAGUAUUGAGGCUAGAGUCAGGUGGCCUGUGGCCCAAAAUACAAGGACUGUUUAGCUCCAAGUCCCCAUCCACUCCAGCAGUCAGACAAGCUAUAAAACUCAGCACUGGUUUCCGCGUGAUUAAGAAGAAACUGUAUUGUUCUGACGAACUGCUCAUUGAGGAAUGUUGAAAAACGAGAGGGACUAUUUUAAUGUAUGAGUUGAUGAUAAAGCUCACAGAAGGGCCUUAUAACUUCAAGUAUAUGCCUUCUGAGGUGUAAGAUGGACUUAGUCAUGACAUAGCCUUUUUUUUCCUACUGUAUGGGAGCUGAAGUUUAUGGUACUUGGAGCAGGUGGUGCUUAAACACCUGCUCAGAUUUUAAAAUGGCAAAACGUAACCAUUAUACUAUAUCUGAU